AUGGCAAUCAAAUUUACUAAUUGGCCCUAUACAGCUGUUGUUACAGCCACUGCUGCUUUUGCUUUUGCCUCCAUUUCCCUAGUAGCUGCUACCCCUUUGGAAAAAAGGCAACCUAAAGUGUUUUCACUCGAUUUUGAUGUGGUUCGAAACAAUAAUACUGCUACAGGGCUUAAAAGGGACGAAACUAUUGAUGCAGAAUAUUUCGACGCCUCAUAUUUGGCAAGUAUCUCGCUUGGCUCGAACAAACAAGUUUUAAAUGUCUCGGUAGAUACUGGUAGUUCGGAUUUGGUGAUUCCAAAAGCCGGCGUGAAUUGUGAGGGACACAACUGUUUAUCCGGUGGAGUUUUUGAUCCGAGCGAGUCGACUACAUUUCACGAUCUUUCUAUUCCUAUUACUGCAUCGUAUGAAGAUGGGACAGUAGUGAAAGGUACUUUCGGUAAAGACGAUUACUAUUUUGCAGAUGGAACCAAGGUCCCGCAAUUGGAAUUUGGGUUGAUGUCUCAGAUGCCCAGAAAAUAUGGUUUGUUUGGUGUGGGGAAGAUAAGCAUGGAAUCAACCCCAGCUCACUACAAUAAUUUCCCAUUUGCCUUGAAAGAUGCAGGAAUAAUUGACACUGUAGCAUAUUCAAUGUAUUUGAAAUACCCAGAGUCAUCUGGAAGCUUUCUUUUUGGCGGUGUCGAUAAAGCCAAAUACUCUGGUGAGUUGGCAAUCUUGGAUGCCGCUAAUUUCACAUGGUUAGGUGUCACUUUGAACUCCAUCACAACCCCUAAGGGCCAGGUAAUUGCUAUGAAUGAGCCAGUAGCACUUGAUAGCGGGACCACGUACAUUUUGUUAGGACAACCUUUGGUUGAUGCAAUCAACAAGGAAUUGGGAUUGAGUCAAGAAGGUGUAAUUGAAUGUUCUCAAAUUUCAGCAAACAACCUGCCAACUUUCACAUUUAACUUUGGCAGUGUCAAUAUAACAGUUCCUUUGUCCGAGCUAUUUGACGUUGUAGACGGUGAGUGCUUCACAAGAAUCGUUGCCCUGUCGAGUGGUGCCAGUCUCCUUGGAGAUUCAUUUUUGAGAAGCGCUUAUGUUUCGUACAAUCUCGAGUCAAACAAAAUCGGUCUCGCACAGGCCAAGUAUACUAGCGACUCAGACAUUGUUGACUUUUGGUUCUAA